CCCUCCUCCCUCUCUCACCGGUCUCCUCUCGCCCCAUGAAACCCUCGAUCUAUCUCCUAUCUAUAAUGGCGAUGAUGGUGAGAAGAUGAUGAUACGAUCUGCUCCGUUAGUCUGCAUUUUCAUGGCAGCCCAACCCCGGCAACAACCACCAGGUCAUCUCUCUCUCUCUCUGGUUGAAUGUCCUUUAAUCUCUUGUUCUUUGAUGUGCGAUUCAGGGAUUUCUAGGGCAGAUAGAUGUAUUUUGUCUCUAUUCUUUUGAUUUGAUCUAUUAAUUGACCUCUGGGAAAUCGAUUCUCCAUCUGUAUUCUCCACCAGGUCAUCUCUCCAUCUGUAUUCUCCAUCUAUUCUUGGGGUUUUGGAGAAGUUGGUUUCAAAGGCAUUUAAGGAUGUAGAUGGUGAUUCGAGUACCAGGUCCAUCCGAUCGCGCAGCAAGCAAGCUAUGCUGGACAUCUUGCUCGAGCGGUGUCGGGAUGUUUCAGCCUAUUCGAGGAGUAAGGUUCUUCAGGCGUGGGCAGAACUAUACGAAGAACAUGCUGUUUCAAUUGGUCUGUGGAACGAUGUUGCUUCGGUUGCUCCUGGGACAUUGGAGGAUAAGAGCGCAUUUGUGAGGAAAGCGGCAUUGAAUCUACUCAUCACGAUGUUGCAGCAUAACCCGUUUGGUCCACAACUUCGCAUUGCAUCAUUUGAAGCUCCCUUGGAGAAAUACAAGGAGAAACUGGAAGAGAUGGAACCCAAUGCACCUUCUGAGAGCGUUUUUGGACGGGAUACCUUCAGACAAUGAGACGUGUGAAGCAGAUGGAAAGGUUUAUCAGGCUGAAGUCAGAGCAGCAAGACAGUGUUACUGAUAGUCGUUUGCCUAGUGUGGAAGAUGGGGUCAACAAGGAUUCUUCCACGCUGGAUUUUGGGAACCUGGAGCAGACCAGGGACUUGGUUGCAUCACUUGAGACAUGUUUGAGGUUCUCAAAGUGCAUAUCCUCCACAAUGCCGACUCUGGUCCAACUGCUGUCUUCAUCUUCUGCCACUGAUGUUGAAAACACGAUUCUUUUGCUGAUGAGGUGCAGACAGUUCCAAAUUGAUGACUCUGAGGCCUCUCUCCGGAAAAUGUUGCCACUUGUAUUUUCGCAGGACAAGUCUAUCCAUGCAGCUGUUGAGGAUGCAUUCAUCACAAGUUAUUUGAUGAGAAACCCUACAGGAACUGCUGCAAAUCUAUCGAGCAUUGCUAUGGAAUCUAGUAUCGGCGAUCUAGUAGCUCUAGAAUUUAUAGUUGGUUCCUUGGUAUCUAAGGGGGAUAUUUCUACAAGCAAGGUAUGUUUAUUUGAUUGUCAUAAUUUCAGGUGCUGCUUCCAUCAAUAUGAUUCACUCACUUUGCUAUAGAAGUUAUGCAUUGGUGUUCUUUUGGCAUUCUUUGACAUGCAUAGUUAGACACUUAGACUAAGAACUAAGAGCGCUGAUUUUUGCACACUUAAGGGCCUGUUUUUUCCACCAAUUACCAUGGUAAUGUAAAGAAAAUGUGCAAUAAUUACAAAUUGCUUUACCUGCCUCCUAACAACAUCUGCAUUUGACCACUGAUUGCUGUGGUAAAUUGAAAUGUUGGCAUUUUUACAUUGCCUGAAUGUCAAAUCGCCACCAAAAUACACUGAUGUUGCUGUUUGGAUUCGAAAUUUUUAUACUAA